CAUCACUUACUACUCUCCUCUUCCCAAAUUUUCCCUCCAUCCCUCUGUUUCCUACCCAUUCUCGGUACCUUCAUCUGUGUACAAUUGGUCUAUAUCGGUUUUUGUCCUAUAGUGUACAUUCAGGCCUGCAGACACUUAGCAAUGGUCCUCGUAGCCGAUGUACCCUUGGAUACACCCGAGGAGCUGGCCGCCAAAAGGUUCACCUAUGCACGCGCUCCUAGUCUCGGCGCUCCAAGCGAUCUCUCUGACCGCCCAAGCAACGCCAUACUGCAACAUCCCGAGCUUCCACAGAAACGCACGCACAGCAGCAUCGUAGCCCCGGAACAGCAUCAGCAAGCAACACCGCAUGUACCCCUGUUUUCUCGUCGGCAGCAUCAGCUGAGUGAAAUGACCAAAGCCAGUCGCUUUAUUGACAAUGAGUCUCGAGCCGCCAAGAUGAACUUUAUCGACCUGGUCCCGGGAACUUCUCCUACCGCCGCCUCUUUCGUCUCUGGACCUCUCGAUGCACUCGUCACCCAUUCUGAUGCACAACUCGUAGAAGAAGGCAACGAAGACUCAAGCGCUGUCAAGCUCUUCAAACGGCCUCGCAAGGAGGGUGCCAAUGACAAGCCCACACAUUCAAAGAAGCGAACCUCCAGCAAGAAUUCAACAGCACCGCUUACGACCACCGCAGACGAUAUUCAGCCAACCCAGAGCUUCAUCUCGCCCCAGUUCGACCAGGAUGCCGCUCAAUGCAUAGCUUUAGUCAAGUCGACAGUCGCAACGAGGAAAGAGAGUGAACUCAAGCUUCAGCAGAGAGUGAGCAGAGCCUCGUGUCUACGGAUGAGUUUGGGCCCACUGAUCGGCAUGAUGAACAUGAUGCCAUGCCCUAGGAAAUCGUUAUCAAAAAGCUCGAAUUAAAGCUCGAGGAAGCUUCGAAAGAGAAAGAGACCAUCAAGUCCAACGCAAGGAAGAUCGUCGCAAAUGCGCAAAUGGUCAUGAAUGAGUGAGUGACAACUCUUCGAAGACCUUCUCGUAGCAGCUUAUAGCCAUGACGCGCCUUUCUGCAUUGCUUUGAAUAGAGCAAAACAGU